ACAUGUGAAGUAGGAGAACACUCUCCCAUCGGGAAAUCAAAAGCCGGCUCAGUCGUUAGUAUUAUCCCGUGGGGCAACUUCAUAUUUCAUAUCCUCGAGACACUCUUCGUGGUAGUGCUUCAGUUCCACGUUUCAUUCUCUCAGGGAGACUUGGCCGAGUUUCGCAAGCUCAUUGGCCCACAUACCCGAGUACUCUAAAGGAUCACCGAGGACUAAAGAAGCGACCAACCAGUCGACCAACCGACCGACCGACCGACCAACCAAGCGAGGAUCCAAGAGCACCAAAAAGGAGCGGGGAGACGCUGGAUCACUCCCGGUUCGGCUCCAAGUCUGGUUCCACUCACUCGAGUGUGGAUGAAACGAAAACCAGGACGAGGACAACAAUUGUGCCCAUUGUUGUUGUUGUGUGCCAUUGCUCCGGUUGUUGACAUCUUGACUUGUGUUUUUCCUGCAGCCUCGUCCUUUUACUGAAGGUAGUGCAAGGAAAUGUAGGAGUGACAAGCUCAACUCACACGAGCUAAACGUGAAACGUGGAACGUGAAACUAACACGCUUGAGUGGUGAACGUGAGUAAAAUUGCCAAGAUACUUGGACAAUAGGAAAUCGAAAGAUAAUUGGAAGACGGGGACUGGUAUCAUCCAUAUAAGUCAUCUUGAUCCAUCUUUAGUUCUGUUGUGGAUGAUUUACGUUUUCCAAGACAACGGUUCACCAAUCUCAAUGCGCUCUCUACGUACGAUAUCUUGCAGUACAUUCGUUGAGGUGAGACUGAUAAAACCCCGACUCAACACUUGCCAACUAACCAAGACCAAUGACAGAGGCCUUCAAGUUAAAACAUGGACCAUGGAACACGCAGAUGAUAAUCUCUCAUGAAGUGGGCCAGUGCUUGGGGUGGAACAAAAUUUGCGUUCAAGUAACAAUGCAAGUGCUCUUUGAUGUUAAACUUGCUCGUUGACUCUCAAAGUCCAUGGGUUGGUGAAAUCUAUCUUUGAUGAAAGUGCAGUUGCCACAAGUGAGAGAGGUUUCAGCAAACUGAAACAAAGACCCUUAGGCCCUACCUGACUUGAACACACACUCUUUGUGCAUUUUUCAAAUGUUUGACUGAAUUCCUUCGUUCAUCCUCGGGCAAGAAACCAACAGUUUAUCAACAUCAUCCUGGAGAAAAGAUGGCCGGAUGCAAAGCCUGGUUCAGUUUCUUUCCUCAUGGAAAGUGGAUCUCAGUCUCCUUGGGAGUGAUUCUGUUCCUCAUAUUGGGAGUGACACCAGGCAAAGGUCUGUCACGGCUCCGUCACUCUGAAAAUGAAGGCAGACCCUCCGCCUCUCGAACCCAAAUGGACCUUCCUAACAUUCAGACCGAGGGCAAACUUCAUCGGGUUCAAGUGCAUGACACCCUUACCCUCCCUUGUGACGUGAGAAAUUUGGGUCCUAUGGUCCUAUUGUGGAAGAAGGGUCAUCGAGUUUUGACCGCAGGCAGGGUGACGGUUCGGAGAGAUCGCCGGAUCGCUCUAAUCGGGAACAAUCUCCAAAUAGCAGACAUGAAUAUCCAUGACGGAGGCGAGUAUGUAUGUGAAAUCGAAGCUGACGCGGACGAUCCCAUUGCCAUUGUGCACACUGUCGAAAUUCUAGUUCCCCCGAGCAUCAUGUCUGAGCCUCGUUCCGGGAAUGUGACGGUGAGGAAAGGCACCACAGUCAGCCUUGAAUGUAAGGCCAAUGGCAAUCCCACACCCACCGUGUCUUGGACUAAGAUAUCGCACAAGCGUCAUCGCUCGAUACCAGACAAAGACCUGACGAAUCAUGGGAUGAUCCUCACAUUAGACAAUGUGGGACGAAGGGACGCCGGAAAAUAUCAGUGCACCGCAACGAAUGAAGUGGGGAAGGACGCGGUCAAAUACAUUCACGUGGCAGUCUUGUAUAAACCGGUGGUUGUGGUUCACGAGGCUUCUGUUCAGGGUGGCGAGAAUCGACCUGUCACAUUGACGUGCACCAUUCACGCGGAUCCACCGGCCAGCGUGACUUGGUACAAGAAUACAUUACUCAUUGGCAAUUCCCCAGGAUAUCUGUUCAACGUUCAGGGUGAUCACCACUCCAUGAUGAUUGCCAAUGUGGGGAUUGAGGAUUUCGCCAAUUAUUCGUGUCUGGCCAUGAACAACAUGGGCAAGGAGGAAGGCAUCAUUCAAUUACGAGGCAACCCAGAUACCCCUGUGCUGGAUCCCAAUGUCCGAAUGCUCACCGAAUCCUCGUGGAAACUUUCUUGGAUCACCAAGAGCUUUGCCAACAUCACAGAAUAUCGAUUGCUGUAUCGAAAAGUUCCGGAUGAUGGCAACCCUCCUGAUACCACUUACGCUUGGAACAACGUCAUCCUUCCAAGACAAAAUGCCCAUGGAGGUUACGAGCAAUAUCAAUCGUAUGACAUUCAACACUUGUCCACGAAUUCCAAAUACGAGGUUCAAGUUCAAGCCAAGAACAACUUCGGGUGGAGCCAAAGGUCUGAGUCUCUUCGUUUCUCCACUGAGGUCCACAAAGUAGUAGAGCCCCCUUCCUUGUACACAACCCCUCAUUAUCAUCAUCCCAUAGCCUCCGUGACCUCUUGGCCAGAUCUUCCAAAUGAAUCCAAUAAGCAACAAGCUGUUAGCCGAAACGCCAUGUUCCAAGAAUACGGCCUCAGCGAGGCUGGAACCAGACUCGGAGAACUUUGGAGUAGUCUUCUCUCCUUGAGCAUGACUUUGAUCUUCGUUGUUGCAACCCAUUAUUCAUCCGCUGUUUGGCUAUAGAACCAGUCAUAUUUGAGCAAUACAUAGGAAAUUAUCCGUU